AGACGAUGGCCUAACCUAACUAGCAAUGCCCGUGCCAGAUAGAAGCAUGUCUCAAGAAUCAGAGGAAUCUGACGAAGGUGACAAGUAUGUCUUUGUUGCCAGAAUGGAUAACGCCAGGAAUCUUACAAAUGUUUUAAAGGCGAUUAACUUCAAAGAUGUAGCAAAUGUCUUUUUGUCAGAGGAUGGUCUAAAGAUAACAGUGGAAGAUAGCAAAUAUAUACAAGCCAGUGCUUUUGUCCAGUCAUCUAUAUUUCAGGAAUAUUCAUUCAAGGAUGAAAAUGCUGUUUUCACAUUAAAUCUUAAUGUUAUGCUAGAGUGCUUGAAUAUAUUUGGAAGCAGUAAAGAUUCUUGUUCCUUCACUGCUUUGAAGAUGUGCUAUGGGGGCCAUGGGUCACCACUUAAGCUUAUGCUAGUUGAAGAUGCUGGCAUAUUGACUGACUGUAGUAUAAAGACACAAGAACCUGAUGAUCUUCUUGAGUUUGAUUUUUCUGGUGAAGAUGUUGAAAACAAAAUUAUUAUGAAGUCUGAUGCCCUUAAAGAUGCAUUUGCAGAGCUGGAUAUGACAAGUGAUUUCAUUGAAAUUCUAAUGUCUCCUGAUGCACCAUAUUUCAGAAUAUCAACUUAUGGAUAUGCUGGCAGUAGUCAUGCUGACUAUCCCAAAGAUUCAGACCUUGUUGAGGUCUUUGAAUGUAACAAAACACAAACUAACAGAUACAAAACAACGCUGUUGAAACCAUCGACAAAGGCACUUAGCUUGUCAACUAAAAUUUCUAUUCGGAUGGAUAAACGUGGUUUUUUGUCCAUGCAGUACAUGAUCGUGACUGAUGACAGGCAGAUCUGUUUUGUCGAAUUUUUGUGUUGUCCAGAUGAAGAUGUCGGCGAAGAAGUUGCUGAUGAAUGAGGUCAUAUUUUCCUCUCUGUUAAAUGAAGCGAAGUCUUUUACAAACACGAAGAGAAUGCAGGUUGAUUUCAUUUGGUCAUUGAAAAUACUAAGAA